CAAAACAGAACCACAACCCCUACCUAUACCGACAAUAACACCUCCCUUCUCCCUCCACUUUCCUCUGCCUCGUACCCUCACUUCUCUCUUUCUCUUUCAAAUCUCACGUAUUUUCUGGGUUCCUCUAUAUCCCUUCUCGUCUUGCUGCUCAAAGGUGCUCGCGUUCUCUGCUUUUCGUUUUCAACUUUCACGUGUUUUCUUUUUCUCCUGUUUAUGUUCUCUCUGUCUAAAGUUCAAAUUUUUAGCGCCAUUUCCCUUUUUUUUUUUCCCCUCCUUUGAUGCCUUCUUGGAUUCCUGUCAAACCUAAAUGAUGAUCUUUUCGACGUUGUUUAUAGCCAAAUUUUAAUCUACUCAAUUUUGUAAUUUUGAAAUGUUUGUUUUGAUGUUAUCUGUUAGUUAUGCUUUUGGGCUGCCAAAGUUGUUCUUUCAAUUUUUUGAUCGAUUUGUUAGCUUUUAAGUUGUAAGAUGAUCUAUUUCUUAUAGAUAUUACAAUCACAUCUCUUUAGUGUUCUAUUUCGAUAUCUUCCUGGAUGUAAAUCUACAUUAUUUGGCAUUUUUUCGCUCAAUCAUGGUGAUCACCGUGGUUUAGAGGACCUGUGUUUUGUAUUUGAUAUUGACUUGUAUCACUCUGACAAUUAACUUCCACCUUCAUCUUAGAUUUUGAUACUUGAGAAUAUGUCUGAAGCGGAAAACAACGGGGAUUUUAUUCGUUGGCUGGGACCUGAUCUUUCAAUAAAGAUUCUUUCCCAUUUGGAUGACCCUUGUGACCUUGCUCGUGUUUCUGCAGUUUCACGUGCCUGGCACCAUUUUGACAACAUGAUUGAACCAACAAGAUUUGUUCCUGGGAACCCUAUGACUUGGGAUUGCCUCAAGAGAAAUCAUAACGUUUAUGCAUUCUUGGCACGUGGUCUUGCACCGUAUGUGAGGCAAAAUUGCAUUUCAGAAGCUGUUGUUGCAUCCAGCACUGAUAAUUACCCUGAAGAAAGUAUUCAGAAUACAAUGGAACCAAGGGAUAGAACUGAAAUUAGGGCAUCAUAUUGGUCAAGUAAAGGGGAAAGUGAUCCUUCUGUUCCUGAAACAUUAAUUUACAAGCUGAUUUCCAAAAUAUGUAUUGUUACUGAGAUCUAUAUCCAGCCAUUCCAAGCGUAUUUUCAGCAUGGCAAUCCUAUAUAUUCAGCUAAGUCUGUUCGAUUUAGAAUGGGCUAUCUAAAGCAACCAAAGGAAUUAAAGAGUAAUCGGAAGGCUAAACGAAUUUUACAGGGCAAAGACUUUGUAUGGACAUACACUUCGCCUGAAUUUCCAAUGGCUCAGGAAAACCGCUUGCAAAUAUUCAAGCUACCUGAACCUGUCUUCUGCGUUGGAGGUGUGCUGCUAGUUGAGCUGUUGGGCAGGGUUCAGAAACAACAAAUGGAUCAACUAUAUUACAUAUGUAUUUCUCAUGUUGGUGUUGUGGGACGGCCACUUUCUUCAGGAUUUAGUGCAAAAAUGCACCACUCAGGAAGGUGCUUCUUGAAGCACAGCCCUAGAAAAGACUCUUAUUUUGUAACUCCGGUACCUUAUAGGUCUGGAGAACCGCCUAUGUGGCUGCCAACUGAAAACUCACCUUCUCGUCUGCGAACUUUGACUUACAACAUGAUGCAGAGGGCUGGGAGACGACUCUGGGGCUGGCCAUGAUUAUGGUUCUUCUUCAUAGUGUACACUGUACACAUUCCUUUGAGCCUCACCAAUGAUGGGCAUUGAUUAAGCUUCAAUUUUUUCGCUAAAUUUUUUGUUUUUAAAAUUUUUAGAUUGCUUAAAAGGGCAUGUAAAUAAAAGAGUAAGAGAACUAUGCAAAUUUUUAGUGAUUAAUGAUCUUCUCAAGCCAUUCCCU